AUGUCUGACCAAAAAACAACCCUCAAUACUGGAAAUGGAGUGGCCGAGGCUGGUCCAACUGCGCCGACAACAGAUGGAGGCUGGGGUAAAAGCGGGACAGCCUCAUCGGAUAGUACUCCGUUGACGUCCGGUGAUGUUGGAGGCUGGGGACCUGCACCAGCUGCAUACAAGUCUACUGGAUGGGGUGAAAACCCGAAGUUUGACAUGGGAAAACCUAAACCCGACAGUCCCGCUACUACCACGACAUUCAGCGGCUGGGGCCAGAGUCCAACCGCAUCGAUUGGCAACGGCAACGAUACCAAAGUGAAGUCUAACAGCUCACCCGCCUCAGCACUUUCGCCAGACUCUAAGAGCGAAGAUGUUGAGGAAAUUGUGGAACGGGUAGACAAGCUCUCGACUGAUGAUGUUGAAGAUGAUGUGGGGCCCAUGAGGAGGCCUGGACUAGUGGAGUCCGAUGAAGUUGUCGAAGUGAAACUGGCAGAUCUUGAAGCCGAUGUGAACAACACACUAUAUUCGGGAGUUUCUACAUUUGAGGAUCUUGGAUUACAUCCAGAUCUUCUAAAGGGACUCUACGCUAUGGGAUUUCAACGUCCUUCCAAAAUUCAAGAGAAAGCGCUUCCUUUGCUAUUAGCCAACCCCCCAAAGAACAUGAUAGGACAAUCACAAUCCGGCACUGGAAAAACCGCGGCAUUUGUACUCACUAUGCUUAGUCGUGUUAACUUCGCUUUGAAUGCCCCUCAAGCGAUCUGUCUGGCUCCGGCCCGUGAGUUAGCUCGACAGAUCAUGGAUGCUGUAAAAGAAAUGGGAAAAUAUACACCUGUCACGACAGCGUUUGCCAUCAAAGAGUCAGUUUCACGCGGGGAUAAAAUCAAUGCACACAUCGUGGUUGGUACUACGGGCACAGUGAAUGACCUAGUCAGGCGGAGAGCGUUAGAUGUUACGAAUGUGAGGAUUUUCGUUCUCGAUGAAGCAGACAAUAUGUUGGACCAGAGUGGACUUGGCGAUCAAAGUAUUCGCGUGAAGAAUCAAAUGCCUCGUAACUGUCAAAUCGUAUUGUUCUCCGCAACAUUCCCAGAGAACGUUCGGAAUUUCGCGGUAAAAUUUGCCAAGAACGCUAAUAUGAUCUCACUGCGACAAGAGGAAUUGUCUGUAGAAGGAAUUAAGCAAUUCUACAUGGAUUGCCGUAAUGAGGAGCACAAGGUGGAGGUUCUGUGUGCUCUCUACGGGUUACUCACUAUUGGCCAGAGUAUUAUUUUCGUGCGGCGAAGGGAAGUCGCUGAAAAGCUGGGUAAAGCACUGAGCUCGCAAGGGCAUGUAUGCCUGGUCCUACACGGUGGUUUCGGACCUGAAGAGCGUGAUAAGGCAAUAGACGACUUCCGUGACGGGCGCUGCAAGGUCCUGAUCAGCACCAAUGUGAUAGCGCGGGGUAUCGAUAUUUUGCAAGUCAAUCUGGUAGUAAAUUACGAUAUGCCAUUGGACGCAAAUCGCCGCCCAGAUCCCGAGACCUACCUUCAUCGUAUCGGCCGUACUGGACGAUUUGGACGCAAGGGUGUGAGCAUUAACUUUGUGCAUAAUGAAGAGAGCUACAGGGAGAUGAAAGCAAUUGAGGCGCACUUCGGGCGAGAGAUUGUACGUGUACCAACGGAAAAUUACAUGGAAGUGGAAAAGAUCUUGAAGAAAGCAGUCAAAUGA